GCGCUGCAGCCAUGGCGGGCGGCGCGCGGCUGCUCUGGGUGUCGCUAUUGGUGCUGCUGGCGCUGCUCCGGCCGCAGCCCGGGCUAGGUCGACCCCGAGAGCGCCUCCGCGUGCGCUUCACCCCGGCCGUGUGCGGCCUGAGCUGCGUCCAUGGGCCCACCGGCCCCCGCUGCACCCCGACCUGCGCGCCCCGCAACACCACCAGCGUGGACAGCGGCGCGCCCGGCGGGGCGGCCCCGGGGGGACCCGGCUUCCGCGCCUUCCUGUGUCCCUUGAUCUGUCACAAUGGAGGAGUGUGCGUGAAGCCUGAUCGCUGCCUCUGUCCCCCGGACUUCGCUGGCAAGUUCUGCCAGUUGCAUUCAUCGGGCGCCCGACCCCCGGCCCCGGCCAUGCCAGGCUUCACCCGGUCUGUGUACACCAUGCCGCUGGCCAACCACCGCGAUGAUGAACAUGGCGUGGCGUCUAUGGUGAGCGUCCACGUGGAGCACCCGCAGGAGGCGUCGGUGGUGGUGCACCAGGUGGAGCGUGUGUCCGGCCCUUGGGAGGAGGCGGACGCCGAGGCAGUGGCGCGAGCGGAGGCGGCGGCACGAUCGGAGGCGGCAGCGCCCUACACAGUGCUGGCACAGAGCGCGCCGCGCGAGGACGGCUAUUCGGACUCUUCGGGCUUCGGUUACUGCUUUCGGGAGCUGCGCGGAGGCGAAUGUGCGUCCCCGCUGCCCGGGCUCCGGACGCAGGAGGUGUGCUGCCGAGGGGCCGGCUUGGCCUGGGGCGUUCACGACUGUCAGUCGUGCUCGGAGCUCCUGGGUAACACCCGCCAGGGGGGCGCCCCAGAUGGGCCGUGUCCAGCUGGCUUUGAAAGGGUUAAUGGGUCCUGCGAAGAUGUGGAUGAGUGCGCGACUGGGGGGCGCUGCCAGCACGGACAGUGUGCGAACACGCAUGGCGGGUACACUUGCGUUUGCCCCGACGGCUUUCUGCUUGACUCGUCCCGCAGCAGCUGCAUCUCCCAACACGUGAUCUCAGAGGCUAAGGGGCCCUGCUUCCGCGUGCUUCGAGACGGCGGCUGCUCUCUGCCCAUUCUACGCAACAUCACCAAACAGAUCUGCUGCUGCAGCCGUGUAGGCAAAGCCUGGGGCCGGGGUUGCCAGCUCUGCCCACCCUUCGGCUCAGAGGGUUUUCGGGAGAUCUGCCCAGCCGGCCCUGGCUACCAUUACUCGGCCUCCGACCUCCGCUACAACACCAGACCCCUGGGCCAGGAACCACCCCGAGUGUCCCUCAGCCAACCCCGUGCCCCACCCUCCACCUCUCGACCACUCUCAGGCUUUCUGCCCACUCAUCGCCCAGAACCUCGGCCUGAGCCCCGUCCAGGCCCUGAGCUUCCUCUGCCCAGUAUCCCUGCCUGGACUGGUCCUGAGAUCCCUGAAUCAGGUCCCUCUGCAGGCGAGUGUCAGCGCAAUCCCCAGGUCUGCGGCCGCGGACGGUGCAUCCCCCGGCCCAGUGGCUACACCUGCGUGUGCGACUCCGGUUUCCGACUCAGUCCGCAGGGCACACACUGCAUCGACGUGGACGAAUGUCGCCGCGUUCCCACGCCUUGUGCUCCCGGGCGCUGCGAAAACACGCCAGGCAGCUUCCGUUGCGUGUGCGGGCCGGGCUUCCGAGCCGGCCCGCGGGGUACGGAGUGUUUGGACGUGGACGAGUGCCACCGCGUGCCGCCACCGUGUGACCGUGGGCGCUGCGAGAACACGCCUGGCAGCUUCCUGUGCGUGUGCCCCGCGGGGUACCAGGCUGCGCCCCAUGGAGCCAGCUGCCAGGAUGUAGAUGAAUGUAUCCAGAGCCCGGGCCUGUGUGGCCGAGGGGUCUGUGAGAACCUGCCUGGCUCUUUCCGGUGUGUGUGCCCGGCUGGCUUCCGAGGCUCGGCAUGUGAAGAAGACGUGGAUGAGUGUGCCCAGGAGCCACCGCCCUGUGGGCCGGGCCGCUGUGACAACACAGUGGGCUCUUUUCACUGUGCCUGCCCUGCUGGCUUCCGCUCCCGAGGGCCUGGGGCCCCCUGCCAAGAUGUGGAUGAGUGUGCCCGUAGUCCCCCGCCCUGCGCCUAUGGCCGGUGUGAGAACACGGAAGGUGGCUUCCAGUGCGUCUGCCCCACAGGCUUCCAGCCCAAUGCUGCCGGCUCUGAGUGCGAGGAUGUGGAUGAGUGUGAGAACCACCUGGCGUGUCCUGGGCAGGAGUGUGUGAACUCACCAGGAUCCUUCCAGUGCAGGCCCUGUCCUGCUGGUCACCACCUGCACCAUGGCCGAUGUACUGAUGUGGACGAAUGCAGUUCGGGCGCCUCCUGCGGCCCCCAUGGACACUGCACUAACACCGAAGGCUCCUUCCACUGCAGCUGCGAGCCAGGCUACCGGGCGCCAGCUGGUCGGCCCGGGCCCUGCGCAGACGUGAACGAGUGCCUGGAGGGCGACUUUUGCUUCCCCCACGGCGAAUGCCUCAACACCGACGGCUCCUUCGCCUGUACUUGUGCCCCCGGCUACCGGCCCGGACCCCGCGGAGCCUCUUGCCUCGACGUGGACGAAUGCAGCGAGGAAGACCUCUGCCAGAGCGGCAUCUGUACCAACACCGACGGCUCUUUCGAGUGCAUCUGCCCUCCGGGACACCGCGCCGGCCCAGACCUCGCCUCCUGUCUCGAUAUUGACGAAUGUCGGGAGCGGGGCCCGGCCUUGUGCGGGUCCCAGCGUUGUGAAAAUUCCCCGGGCUCCUACCGCUGUGUCCGAGACUGCGACCCCGGCUACCAUGCAGGCCCCGAGGGCACCUGUGACGACAUAGAUGAGUGCCAGGAAUAUGGCCCAGCGAUCUGUGGAGCCCAGCGCUGUGAGAAUACCCCUGGCUCCUACCGCUGCACGCCAGCCUGUGACCCUGGCUACCAGCCCACGCCAGGGGGCGGAUGCCAGGAUGUGGACGAAUGCCGGAACCGGUCCUUCUGUGGGGCCCACGCCGUGUGCCAGAACCUGCCUGGCUCCUUCCAGUGCCUCUGUGACCAGGGCUACGAGGGGGCGCGGGACGGGCGUCACUGCGUGGAUGUGAAUGAAUGUGAGACACUACAGGGCGUGUGUGGAGCUGCCUUGUGUGAGAAUGUGGAAGGCUCCUUCCUCUGUGUCUGCCCCAACAGCCCUGAGGAGUUUGACCCUAUGACUGGGCGCUGUGUUCCCCCUCGGACCUCUGCUGGUACGUUCCCAGGCGCACAGCCCCAUGCACCUGCCAGCCCCAGUCUGCCGGCCAGGCCCCCACCCCCGCCCCCGCCUCGCCGGCCCAGCCCACCUAGGCCGGGCCCUGUGAGCAGCGGGCGAAGGGAGUGCUACUUUGACACGGCGGCUCCGGAUGCCUGUGACAACAUUCUGGCUCGGAACGUGACGUGGCAGGAGUGCUGCUGCACUGUGGGUGAGGGCUGGGGCAGCGGCUGCCGCAUCCAGCAGUGCCCGAGCCCCGAGACAGCUGAGUACCAGUCAUUGUGCCCCCAUGGCCGGGGCUACCUGGCGCCCAGCGGAGAUCUGAGCCUCAGGAGAGACGUGGACGAGUGCCAGCUCUUCCGAGAUCAGGUGUGCAAGAGCGGAGUGUGCGUGAACACAGCCCCAGGCUACUCAUGUUAUUGCAGCAAUGGCUACUACUAUCACACCCAGCGACUGGAGUGCAUCGAUAACGACGAGUGCGCGGACGAGGAGCCGGCCUGUGAGGGCGGCCGCUGCGUCAACACUAUCGGCUCUUAUCACUGCACGUGCGAACCGCCACUUGUGCUGGAUGGCUCGCGGCGCCGCUGCGUCUCCAACGAGAGCCAGAGCCUGGAUGACAAUCUGGGAGUGUGCUGGCAAGAAGUGGGGGCUGACCUCGUGUGCAGUCGCCCUCGGCUGGACCGCCAGGCCACCUACACAGAAUGCUGCUGCCUCUAUGGCGAAGCCUGGGGCAUGGACUGUGCCCUCUGCCCCGCACAGGACUCAGAUGACUUUGAGGCCCUGUGCAACGUGCUGCGCCCCCCUGCAUAUGGACCCCCGGGGCCAGGUGGCUUUGGACUCCCCUAUGAGUAUGGCCCAGACCUAGGUCCACCUUACCAGGGCCUUCCCUAUGGGCCUGAGUUGUACCCACCACCCGUCCUACCGUAUGACCCCUACCCACCGCCACCUGGGCCCUUCGCCCGACGGGAGGCCCCUUACGGGACGCCACCCUUCGACAUGCCGGACUUUGAGGACGAUGGUGGCCCCUACGGUGAAUCCGAGGCUCCUGCUCCAUCCGGCCCGGGCACCCGCUGGCGCUACCGGUCCCGUGACACCCGUGGCUCCUUCCCAGAGCCUGAGGAGUCGCCUGAAGGUGGAAGCUAUGCUGGCGCCCAGGGUGGGCGCUACGAGGGCCUGGAGGCAGAGGAGUGCGGGAUCCUGGACGGCUGCGCCCAUGGCCGCUGCGUGCGCGUCCCCGAGGGCUUCACCUGCGACUGCUUCGACGGUUACCGCCUGGACAUGACUCGCAUGUCCUGCGUUGACAUCAACGAAUGUGACGAGGCCCAGGCGGCCGCCCCGCGCUGUGUCAACGCGCGCUGCGUCAACACCGAUGGCUCGUUCCGCUGUAUCUGCCGCCCAGGAUUCGCACCCUCACACGAGCCGCAUCACUGCACGCCCGCCAGACCCCGGGCCUGAGUCCCCAGCAGCCCUGGGCCGCAAACUCCGCGCUUGCGCACGCGGGGUCCCUGCCGCGCAACCUUGCCACCCGCCCGCUUGCGCGCUUGCGCACAGGGAUGCCGGACCCGGCGGAGAGGCUGGUCGGUGGGACAGAUGGACAGAAGGAGCAGCCUUCCUACCGACGCCACGGGCCCAGGCUUAGCCCACGGUCCCCUUCACAUUCCUGCUCCUUUUUAUAAAAAUGUUCAAUUAAAAAACACCUAUUUUGUACCUUC